AGCAGAUUGGUUUGUUUCAGUCUCUGUUAGUCAGUUGUGUGAGCCACUUUGAUUGGGGCAGAUGGUUAUGAGCUUCCAAACAUUCACAUAAAAAACAAAACAAACAAACCUGAGCAUUAUGCAGGAAUCAGAGGAAUCCAGAUAUAUGGAAAAAAUUCCAGACCAGGUGGAUGGAGGGAAUAUGAGUGCAGGAAAGAAGAAUGCAGAUUCCAGAGAGAAGCGUCUUUCCUCUUCUGACUGGGACAGAAAAGGGAUGUCUGUACCCUUAGUGCCAACAAAUGUACCAAUUCCUGGCCCCACAAACGACCCCAUCGUUAUUUCCAUCGGCCCUCCACAUCGUUGUCCCUCUGUUUCCAGUGAGUCCCAGUACCAGGAUCUCUCGAGAGAAGAUGACUACGCCAACAUGCAUGGAUGGAGAAGGGAGAACUUGCAAUAUUACCCAUCAACUGGUGAGGGUGGCGUCCCCAAACAAACUUUGGAUGAACUGAAAAGUGUGUUGCGUGAGAGCUCCCUACUCGGUGCAAAAGGGCAAGAUGGAGGAAGGAGCUACCCUCCGGGUCAAAGAGUAGACUGUAAGCCAGAUCAGAUGCCAUCUAAGAGUUUCAGCACCUUCAAGCCCCAUUCAGAAGCCAGGAGAGCAUCCAGACUCAGAGAGGGAAGUUCUAGAUGGGAUUCUGGUGGGUCUUCGAUGACUGAUGGACCUCCAGGGAGGUCUUCUGGUAUGAGUUCACCCACUGCUGAGACGUCCCACUGGGAAGAAGCUGGUACAUCACGCUCAGACAAUGAGAGGUCACAAGCACUCUCUUUUGCAUCGCAAAGCUUCAUUUCUGAUGUAGAGCACAUAAAACAGCAAAUCGCCCGGGAAAACAUCAGCUUUGUUCGCUUUGAGGCCACUGAUCUUCAUGGCGUGUCCCGAUCCAAGACAGUUCCAGCUCGAUUCUUUCACGAAAAAGCAGUAUAUGGCAUCCCCAUGCCGAGAAGCUACCUGGAGUUAACCCUAAGCCCUAAAGUCAACGAAGUUGAUCAUCCGAGCGCAGCCAACUUCAGCAGUGAUGUCCUCCUGGUCGCAGAUCUUUCCACAUUCCAAAUCCUUCCCUGGGCGGACCAGACCGCUCGUCUUAUCUGUGACCCCUGCACGAUCACCGGUGUGCCACUGCGAACAUCACCCCGCCUCAUCGCCAAGCAGAUGCUCGGCCAACUCCAGAGCAUGGGAUUCUCUAUCCACUCGUCCUUCACAUAUGAAUGCUGCAUCUUCGGGGCCCCUGAACGAGUGGGACCUAAAGCAGUGUUCUUCCCUGCAACCACACUGUUGAGCAACUACGAUCUACCCUUCCUCCAGCAGCUAGUUGGAGGGAUGUACUACAUGGGAGUUGAUGUCGAGAGCUUCUCAUCUGCGAAUGGACCAGGACAGAUGGAGAUUUGCUUCAAACCAAGGUUUGGAAUUGAUGCUGCUGACAGCGCCUUCACCUUCCGCACAGGAAUCAAAGAGAUGGCCAGGAAGUUCGACUACAUCGCCACCUUUUUCACAGACGGCAACAUCCACAAUUCUGGCUUACUCUCCCACAGCCUUUGGGAUGCCGGCGGCAGAAGAAGCCUUUUCCACUCGGGCAACGGGGAACUUUCGGAGAUCGGAAGAAAGUGGCUCUCAGGUCUUCUCCAGCACUCAGCCGCUCUGAGCUGCCUCUUGGCUCCAGGGAUCGGCUGUCGAAACCAGCUUUCCAAAGGCAAGAAAAAUCCCAAGAACCAUAUUUACGCCACAUGUGGUUGCAAUGACAACAGCUGCGCCUUCAACGUGAAAAUUCACGGUGGACGCGAGACUCACAUCGAUAACAAGCUGGGGUCAGCGAUGGCCAAUCCUUACAUUGUGUUGGCGGCUACAAUAGCAGCAGGACUGGAUGGUAUUAGACGGAGCCUGAAUGCCGAACAGCUUCUAAGCAAAGCUCCAGGUCAGCAGAAACAGUUCCCAAUCCCUGUUCAAUUGGACGAUGCUUUAGUGGCUCUGGCAGAGGACAGUGUGAUUCGUAGUGCACUGGGAGAGCCCUUUGUGCAGUAUUUUAUUGCCAUGAAGCGUGUAGAGAUUGAGACGCAAGAGCAGGAUGCCGACAAGAACAAGGGGCUUGAGUAUUUUAUCUAACAUCUGAAUUUGCAGAAUAAUUUUUUUUGUGUAUUUGAAUCCAAGGAAAUAAAUUUAAUUUCCCUUUGAUUUGGUAUAAACAAAGAACUUUGUAUCAAAGAAAAAUAAUACCUUCUUUGCAAACAAGAUUUCAAAAUAAAACCACAUAACUGACUGAUAUCUGCUGCACACUGAC